UAUGGCGGCUGUCGACAACAGAGAAUUAUCGUCCGAUUUAUACGAGCAGUCAAAGCCAACAGCUUCAGCAUCAGUGUCAGCACCGUCCAUUGAUCUUUCAUGUAUUCAUUGGGGAUACCUUAAUAGUGCAUUAGUACCUGACAAAACCAAAAAAGUCAAGGAGUUAACUUGGAAAACUUAUUGGGUGGAUCUUUGUGGAUCAACACUAAGGCUAUAUAGGGAUCUAAGUCUCAGUCCAGAGUUAGCUUCAAGCCCACCUCCAUCUAAAGUAAUUGGACCAACAGCUGAAAAUGAAAAGAAAGAAGCCUUCCUGGUUUUGAAGAAGGGUGCUUCCAUCAGCAUAUGGGAUAGUACCAAGGUGAAAACCAAGAAGAAAAGUAGAAAGAGUGAGCCUCCAAAAUAUAAUGUUUUCAAGCUACAAGUUGUUAACUGUAUUGACUCACCAGUGUACCUGUUUGAAGCACCUUCUAAGGGAAGCAUGUACAGAUGGAUAAGCAAGAUAGAAGAAGGCAUUGAUAUGGCUAAUAACCCACAGAAUAACUCUAACUCCGACAAAAAACUACAAGAAGCGAAGCUGUUAGCAAUUGAAUCAAGACGGUACCAGACUGUGGCUCCAGAACUGAAAUAUUCAGAUGUUAAGGAUGAUACAGAUUCCGGGAUGGAAGGAGACGAAGAGAGUUACGAAGUCCCAGAGAAACCUCCCCCAGACCCGCGACUAGAAAAAUUGUUGAAAACACUAAAAAUUAAGCAAGAGUUACUAAAAAUUCUCGAAGAGGGCGAAAGAGCAUUCAUUGGUAACGGGGAAUCUGGUGAAAUGAUCGAAGUUUCCGAGUUCAAAUCUAGAACCAAGAUGGAUUAUUACCUCAUUCCUGGCUACACCUCAUCCUUGAUCCCCCAAAACACCCAAAUCAAUAUACUUGGUCAACUGCCUAAUAAACGAUGGAGAUGCUAUGUCGAUCUACCCAAAACAUCCACCCAAACAACCCAAUCAGCGUCUACCGAAUCUGAUGUCUCUAGUCUCAGUGAUUCCCGCAGUAGCACGCCAUCGUGUGAAAAUGGCGGUUCUUUGCUGUCGUUUGAAAAUAAUGGGCAGGCUGCAGAAGAGACGGAGAGACUGAUAGGGAGUGUACCGACGAGUUUGUUGGUGGAUUUAAGCGAGAUGUUAACAGUCCCGUUCACGGAGGAAAACCUGGUCGUACUUGGUACCCCAGAUGUCACUCCCAACCCAUCGCCGCUUCCUUCCCCUCCGUUGUCGCCAUACUCAACGCAUAAAUACAAAGAGACUCCGAACGAUAGUAAAGAGAAUUUUGAAAGUUUCCAGCGGCGAUCACCAACCAAUCUUCAGCGUUUUGUACCUAGUAUGGAUCUCUCAGAUGUCGAUGCUUGGGAGCAAUUUAUUCUACCUUCCCCUCCCUCCACGCCUGUCACUUCUAGUUCCAGCACACCCUCACUGUCGCCUUCACAGUCGUUGGAAAACGUGGACAGUUCGGAAGGAGAGAAGGAUGGGUUAAUGUCUGAUGAUGUUCCUGUUACUAUCGUUGAUCAAGAUGAACGUUUUCCUAAUAACAGCAGUGACACGGUACAGCAUAGUGCUGUUAUGAGGUUAAAAGACGAAGAAGCGUUUGCAUCUCAAAAAAACUACUCAUUUCUCGUGACAAAGAAACUUCGCCAAAGAGGAAUCAGCCUGAUAGUUGGUUCGUCGAGCUCUGAAGACGAGGAUGAAGACGAGGAGAAAGGCAAAAAGCUGACCAGAAGGAAACUAGAUGAAGAAUUCGAAAGAUUUGCAGCAGAUGAUACAGCCCAAGCUACUGUUCGUCCUUAUUCAGCUUUCGUCCCGAGGAAGAGCACCAGUAUCGGCUUUGGAAUAAGCUCAAAGACUGCCAAUCUUCGUACGACUACAAAUGAUGAACUCCUCCGGGACUAUUCCUCUUCAAACGUAACACGAAGUAAAACCUGUAUGACUUUGAAAAAUAAGGGAAGAUUCAGAACUCCGGAAAAUGCUCCUCCUCUCAACCAGCGAAGAACGAUCCAAAUGCAACGAAGCGAAAAUGGAGGCUUUGGAUUCACGUUGCAGACGUACGGCAUCGUGCAACUGGACGGGGAGGUGGAAUAUAUGACAUUUGUUCUUGCGGUGGAGGAAGAUGGGCCAGCCUACAUGGCAGGGAUGAGACCUGGAGAUAUUAUUAUUGUCAUUGAAAGCCAAGAUACCGAGGAGGCGGAUCACAAAACCAUAAUAGAGCUGCUCCAAAAAGCACCAGCAACAGUAAGAAUGGUCGUUGUCUUCGUGGACGCAAUCAGGAGAAUGCAUCUCAAUACGAAGAUCAAAGUCUUAAAGAGCGAACUAGAGGAUAAAGAGGACGAGUUCAACAGACUAAGUCAAAAGGAGCACGAACUCGUAACGCACAAGAACACUGUAACAAAUCUUGAUAUACUCGGGCCGCCUCGAAGUCGCGACAAUUCCUAUCUCUACACUACAGAGCUAACGAGUUCCUUCUCUAAGGACUCCCCCAAAGUCAAGGACAGCUUGAUCAAAUACAAACAGGAACUAGACGAAAAACAACCCCGAAGACAAUCCUUACCUGACCGGAGCGAGCUAAAGAAGCGUCACCUAGUCUCAACCACGGGCAACGAAUUACUCAAGAGCUUUGCAUCAUCUGCAGAAUCGAUGUUGAAGAAAUCUGCCAGUGUAAAACUCAAGAGAAAAGUCAUGAAAGCCAAGCCAACGUCCAAGACUUUUAAAUCCUACAUCGAUCUGGACGAUGGGGACUUCCAAGAUGAAGGUCCGCUUAGAACCUCUUCUCCUCUUGGUACUAAAAUUACCAAAGAUACAGAACAGUUACGUUUAUCAUGGCCGACAUCUACACCUGGAAUGCUAGCUCCUUCAGCAGAGCAAGAAGAUAAAACCAGAUCCUUGCCUAACAACACCGGAGGGUUGUCAAGUUCACCAGUAAAUGGAAACAGCCAAGUAAAGGACGGCAAAGGAAAAUCCAAAACCUCAAACACUGCGAGGGAUUUAUGUACCUCACCGGGGCAUGUACCCAGCGAAGUACGAGACGAUCAGGAAACGAAGCCAUUGUCCUUGAAGGUAAAAGGCUUGGGUAGUUUGACAGCAAACGGACCAAACCCUGGGAAAAGUUCCCUAGUGGUAAAGGAAUCGGAAACAGCCCCAGUGAAAGAGUCUAGUAAAUUGACAGCAACUGAUACUGCAGCAGAGACAAAAAGAACCUUAACAAAGGAUACAAGCAUCAACGACAACAACUCUGUCAGCAAUGAUGCUGGAAUAGAUACACCAAGCACAGGUGUUUCAAAAAACCGAGACAUUAUGGCGGUUAACAAUGUCCAGUCCUCACGGACCAAUGAUGACCGCGGAGGACUUGAAAAUAACCAAAAUAAAAAAUCCGAUAAAAAAGACGUCAACGUGAAAUCUGGAGAAAAUUCAUCAUCAUUGACUAGAGAUAGUGAAAAUGCGAACAAACCAGGUGAUGAAAAUUUGAUAAACAAUACUUCAAACACCGAAAAAUGUUGUCCAAAUGUAAACGCAAAGAAAGAAGAUUCAAACAGAAUUAAACUGUCAGAUUCACAUUCUCCCACAUUAUUACAAAAAUCGCCUAAAGUCCCCAGAAUGAGUAAGCCUUACUCUUUGAUGUCUGGUUCAUCGAGCAAAGAUCGCCCAUGCUCCAAUAAUAUUGCUUCAUUACGUAGAAUAUUCGAAGGUCCAAACCCACCAUGUAAUCGUAGUCCGGAUAUUGUCGAGGAUGAAGAACGGGACGCGUUCCCCACUGACAUUAAAAAAGAUAAUGUGAUUAAGCCACCGCCUGAGUUUGCGGCGAAACCAAGAAUGGGAUCAAUGAGACCUAUGUCGUUCAUGUGUGCCAUGGACGCGGCAGAAGAGUCGCCUCUUAUUCCUGACGAAGAAACAGAAAAUAAAGAGGGGCAGAAAAUUUACGAGAGUAGUGCUUAGGACUAGGUUUUUCUAAGAGAUCCUAACCAGGAAAAAAAAGCAUGAAGAGAAGAGGUGACACUUGGACUCAGGGACUUGGAGAAAAGCAUCAUGAGCAGAAGAGAUAAAUGAUUUCUUGCGACGGCUUAUUGGCAACUGGUUUGUCCCGUACCGAUUCCCGCUCCCGGGCACCCAACCUGCUGUAACCGUGGAUGGGGAACUUUGAUAACGAUGAUCACCCUAUUAAACUUGCCCGAUCAGCUACAAGAUAAAUGAAUAUUUGAAAUCAAAAAGCCUCGUAAUCCCACACUUCUGUUUCGUUCUCGAAAUGUAAAUAUAUUUGGCCGACGGAAGACUUAGAGUUAUAUAUAGUUUACAAGAAUAUUAUAAAGUGCAAACAAUAUAACCGUGAAACUUUAGUAAUACUAAAUAGCACAAUUUCAUGCAAAUUCUAUUGUUUUCUAUUGCUUAAUUAGCACUAUUUUGUACUAUUUAGUAAUUAGUGUUUCACGGAUUAAUUGUUUGCACUCUACUAGCAAUAGAUCAGACAAUGGCCUAAAAAAAGGUAUAAAAUUGAUAUAAACAAACUAGUUGUCUAUAAGUUAUCUGAUUGGCUACACUACAGUAAACAAAUUAGCAAUAGAUCACUUGCGAGUGGGGAAAAUGAGAACAAAUGCAUCUGUCUUUUUUUAUUUUGCCAUUUAUAUAAUUAUUUGAUAGGUCUGGCUUCAUUAGAUUGGCCCUUUGCAGCUCAGUAAUCACGUGCUGAUUAAUUCACYGAGAGCAAAUGAAUGAACAUUUUGAUUCUCAUGGGUAAAAUUUACUGGAGAGCAAACACUUUCUACAACCUGUUUUGAGAGAUCGUAAUAAGACUGCAUUUCGUAACACACUGGUUGAACAUCGUUUCAUUCAGUUCUUUACAAGUAGCUAAAAAGAAUCACCAAUUUAAAAUUAAAACAAAAAUUUUGCUCUCCAGUACAGACACGUGUCCGUGAGCGGCAAAGAGCCUUGAAUAACCAAGACGAUUUAUAUGAGUUAGAGAAUGAUCUAUUUUGCAGUUUAACCUUGGUCUAAAGCCAUUUUUAUUAGUCAUUCUGAGGCUAAGAGAAAAAAGGUCAAAUUAGCAUUGCAGUGCAUUGUGGGCUGUUUGACUGGACAGAAUCUAGUCUCGAAAAUGUCACCUAAAACAGUCCCAAAAUGCACUGCAGUACCAACUCGACCCAGUUUUUUCCUCGACCUUUGGUCUUUGAAAAUGGUUUUUCAAAGGAAUUCCUGGCUAGUUUAUUUAUAUUUAAAAAAAAUUAGAAUUCUAAUGUCAAAUAGAGGUCAUGUCGGAUGAUAUAGCAAUUGUCUGGGUUCCAGUGCUUCUUUGUUGUAGGAGGACGAAAAGCACUGGAGCGAUAGAGCCAUGAAACCCGUGAAAUAGCUGAAAAGUGCGGUUUAAUUUAACCAAUAUAGCAACUAUGAAAACCAAUUGUUAAUACUCCUUUUUACAGUUCAGUUCAGUGAUCGCGAAUAAUAGUUCCAAGUCGAGGCUGGAGUUUUCGCGCAUAGCAAAACUAUGCUUUUUAUCAUGCGCGGUAACUCCAACCUCGGCUUGGAACUAUUAUUCGUGGUCACUGAAUGGAACUGUAAAAUGGAGUAUUGGUAAUUUUUUAGUGAAUUAAUCAAACUUGUAAAGUUUGUUGUGAUUAAUAGAUUUUUUUAAUGGAUUAUAUUUGUAAUUUAUUUUUAAAUAAAGAAAAGAUAGUAAUA